AAACACACACACAUACACACCCAGUCUCACACCGCGAGCCAGCCAGCCAGCCAUUCGCUCCUCACUCACACCCUCAAAUCUUACCAAGCUCAGCUCUCCCUGCUCAGAGGCAGACAGGAGCAGCACAGCAGCACUGUUAAAGGAGUUGAGGGAAGGAGCAGCAGAUUCAGAGAGAGACAUAUAAAGAGAGAGGGAGGGGGAUGAAAGAGUGAAGGAGAGAGCAAAGCAGAGAGAGCGCUGUUCCCCAUAUGCUGAGGAGGCAUGGGCGGUUGAACAAGCUGCCCCCACUGAAGCCUCCUGACUCAUGGGAGCGUCAGACCCCAAUCCCCCAGAGAGCCUGGAAACGCUGUUGAACCACGCGUAAGAGAGAAGGAGGGGAGCCAGAGAGGAGAGAAAAAAGUCAGAGGAGAGGAGAGACGAGGGAAGAAAGCCACAACGGUAGGCUGUCCCACUCAACUGCUGUGCCGUGAUGACGUCAGAGGGCAUGUGACCCAGGCUCUCCAGUGACGGCACAUGGAGGGCAGGAAAGAGACGAGUUUUAAAGCUGGUGCCUUUUGGGUUGUAUGAGGGCUCUGCUCGCCUCCCAAACAACCACAGAACCACAGACGUGCGGCUCGGGGUUGGUGUUUGAGGGCGAAACCUGGAGUGUAAAUGGUUAAUCGUCGCGGGCCAGCACCAGUCACAAGGACGGCGCUAAGCGAGACGUGUCAAGGGUCACGGAAACCACAGAGGAACAAAAGUGGGGCUUUCUGCAACCAGAGGCAGCUAUGGCAUCUAACAGCCUUUUCAGCACAGUGACACCAUGUCAACAAAACUUCUUCUGGGAUCCCAGCGCCAGUCGGAGGUUCAGUCCGCCGUCCAAUAGCCUCCAGCCGGUCCCAGGGAAGAUGAACGAUGUGAACUCUCCAGGCGGGCAGCCGGACGCAGCAGCGGCGGUGCCAAGGCUGCGCCCGCACGAAAACCGCAGCAUGGCCGAGAUCAUCGCCGACCACCCGGCCGAGCUGGUCCGCACCGACAGCCCCAACUUUCUGUGCUCGGUCCUGCCCUCCCACUGGCGGUGCAACAAGACGCUGCCUGUCGCCUUUAAGGUGGUUGCCCUGGGAGACAUACCCGAUGGGACUGUUGUCACAGUAAUGGCAGGCAACGACGAGAACUACUCCGCCGAGCUGCGGAACGCCUCGGGUGUGAUGAAGAACCAAGUAGCCCGUUUCAACGACCUUCGCUUUGUGGGCCGCAGUGGCAGAGGCAAGAGCUUCACGCUGACAAUCACAGUAUUCACCAACCCACCACAAGUGGCCACUUACCACCGAGCCAUAAAGGUCACCGUGGACGGACCGCGUGAGCCCAGGAGACAUCGUCAGAAACUUGAGGACCCUCCCAAGACUGGUCUCUUCUCAGACCGCCUUAGUGAGCUUGAGAGGAUGAGGGUGAGGGUGGCUGUUCCCAUUCAAGGCCCCCGGCCAAAUCUCAACACAGGGGCCAACUCCUUCAACCCGCAGGGACAGACGCAGAUAACAGACCCUCGUCAGUCCCAGUCCUCUCCUCCCUGGUCGUAUGAACAGACGUACCCGUCCUACCUGAGUCCCAUGGCGUCCCCCUCAGUGCACUCCACCACCCCCCUCUCCUCCAGCCGAGGCACGGGCCUGCCUGCCAUCAGUGACGUGCCUAGACGAUUGCCAGGUUCUUCUGACCUGAGCCCAUUCCCUGGUCAGUUUGAGCGUCAGUUCCCGGGCCUCUCGUCCCUCACAGAGAGUCGUUUCUCCAGCCCUCGGAUGCACUACCCGGCCACAUUCACCUACACCCCGCCCGUCACCUCCGCCAUGUCGCUGGGCAGCGCCCACUACCACACCUACCUUCCCCCUCCUUACCCGGGCUCCACCCAGAGCCAGAGCGGACCCUUCCAGACCAGCAGCACGCCCUAUCUCUACUACGGCGCUUCGUCCGGCUCCUACCAGUUCUCCAUGGUUCCCGGCGGGGAUCGUUCACCCUCCCGGAUGAUCCCUCCUUGCACUAGCGCCUCCACGGGCACCUCCCUGGUGAACCCCAACCUGCCCAGCCAGACGGAGGGAGGGGUGGACGGCGACGGAAGCCACAGUAACUCCCCGACUGUUCUCAACUCUGGAGGCCGCAUGGAUGAAGCUGUCUGGAGGCCAUAUUGAAGAACACCAAGGGGGCGGAGAUUUGAAGUCAACUGAUGUCAUGGUUUGAAAGCACAAAACCUUUUUCUUUUUUUACUGAAAAGGGGAUUUUUGAGCUCUCAUCAGCUAUCUCUACCUUUUGCUUGGAAAUUAAGGUUGAGAUUAAAAAAGAAAAAAGAAAAAAAGAAAUAAGAUCAGACUUGUAUGGACUUGUCUUCCUGGAAUGUGUUUUGACCAAGGCACUACAAAGGGAGUCAUUCUCACAGCAAUAAUGAGAAAGACAAUUUUGGUUUACUCGGCCCAAGUGGAUGAGACAUUAUUUCAUUUUUAUUAUAAUCCACAAGCGAAGGGAUGCUUCAACAAUAUUUGUAAAAGACUGCCUCCUUUGUAUAGUGUUUGUAUUUCAAUAAGGCUUUUUGCAGAGCAUGUUUUUGUACUACGACAAUAUCAAGAUGCAAGUUAGGCACUGAGUAGCAAGUGAUGAGAGUAACACAUAUGUUACCUUAAGUGGUAUGGACAUUAAAUUUGCUUUAAAACAAUUAAUUUAACUUGUAUAUUGUGGGUGAAACGUUGAUGUAGAUUGAGGCGUUUUCUUAGUUUUAACUUAUAAAGCCAUAAAUUAUGUAUUAUAUUUGAAACUUGAGUCAAAGAAGUGUAAUCUGAAUAUUUUUGAUGCAUCUAUAUGACUAAGUUAAAUUGUUUUUUUAUAGGUAAUUUAAGAGAGUGAGAGGUUUAAUUUUGUUGUAUUACCCAAAGAUUUAAAUCGUUUCGAAUAUGAAAUGUAAUUUCCAAAAAUGUUUUGCAACAUGCUUCUUCUGGUGUAACUUUCAGUUUAACUGCUCCGCACGUUGAGAGCCCAACAUCCUCGCUAGGCGUUGACACACAUUUGGCUUGGAAUUAAACCUCUGGUAUUUAUUGAGCAAUAACUCGUAUUGUGCCUCUUGGCAACAUACCAUGAAAGAGAGCUUCAAUAGGGAAAAAUAAUUACAUGUUGGGGAAAUUCUGCUUGAUUUCUUUAGUUUGUGUAGUCUGACAUGCGCCCAGAUACAUACUAUAUGUAUUCCCUUGUCCAAAUAAGAAAUGGUACAUUUAUAUACAAACUGACAUGUAGCCCACAUGUCAUUCUGGCGCUGCCACGCCCAGCAGGUCAGACUUUAAGGUUCAGUUAUUUUUUACGGUACAUGAACUCCUCAGGACUGGAAUAAUCUCUGGAUGAUUUCAAAUCCCACAGUCUUCUUUUCAUAUCUAGUCCGGCUGAAUCCUCUGUCAAGAUUAUAGGGAACAUGCCAAGUCUGUUCUAACUUUCAUAUCAUGUGCAAAAAGUUGGCUUUGAAAAAGUUUGUCUUAGUGUGUGACACACACAGGUACUUUUUUUGUUUGUUUCUUUGCUUUUUUCUCCUUCAGUCUCUGAGACUGAAAAGGAAAUAUCACAGUUAACUUAGAGACAAAAGAGACUGUGACAUUCCUUCAGACAUUUAUUUAUUUUCCUCUUUUUUUCUGCUUUUGUCGGCCUGGUUUGGAUCUGUAUCGUCCUCCCUUACCGGUGUCACAAAUCAUGUGGCAUGAGGGGAGGUCUGAUAUUUUCCAAUUUGAAAUUACUAUGUGAAAUAUAGUAAAAAAAACGGUUGCAGUUAAAGGAAAAAGUGCAAAAACCGAGGUGAUUGGAUGCAGCUGCUGGCAGCAAACUGGUAACCCAAAAAUAUGGGAGACUUGUGUAUGUUUGUUUCAUAAAGCACUUAUUUCUUGUUUUAUUUCUAGCAGCACUUACGGCAGGCUGCCAGCAGGGCUCGUGGUUUUGGUCCUCAGUGCAGAUAUAACGCCACUGGAGUCACACACGCACGCACACAUACACACACUCAGAAUGGAUAACACUUGGCCAAACAACCCAUUUACAUUGGAGUUGAAUCUGAUCUCACAAGGCAGUUGGUAUUUGUUUGAAAAAAGGCAUUUUUCUUGCUUUCAUACAAUAUGAUAUUCAGUACAUGUAGGUAAUAUAAUAACCCAAUUUAAAAAAGCUGAGAAAAACAUGGCCCUGUCCAAGGAUCAGACUUCAAGCUUUCAUUGAAGGUUUGCACGCAGUGCCUCUUUUCCAGUCUCUGCAGAGGAUGUUCUGAACUCACUUAAUGGAAUCGAACAUGUCACAGUACAUUUCCCCAACUGCUUCAGCCCAAACGAAAAGUCUUUUUGCUGUUACAGUGUAACAUAAGAAAGCAAAUAAAAACCUUUUAGAUUGUUGUGAUUUAUAGCUUUUUUCCAAUUACAAAUUGAUUCAAUGUCUCCAUAGUAACUACGCACAUCUGUUGGGAUUUAUUUUAUCCGCUUCUUUCUUUCCAAACUUUUGGUCUUUUAAAAACUGUUUACACAUCAAUGCAGCACUGACAUCCCAUUUUGUCCUCAUCUGCUUUAGUUUGUGUUGUGUUUUUCAAGAGGUUUGUCCUUUUUUCUUUCCUUUGGUUACAUGUUGCGUACAAACUGACCAAAAACCUUGUUUCAUUUAAUGAUCAACAUGUAUGAUAUCCAGGAACCAUACCUUACCCUGCUCUUAUGUAACGUUUACUUGUUAUGUUUAUUGUUAUGCUUCUUCUCUCAUGAACACUUGUCAGGAAACUGAAACUGAGACUCCAUUAGAUUUUGCUGGUACGUUUCAUAUCAUCAUCAAGUGAGGUUUUUUUUUUGUUUUUUAAAGGGACAAACAGACCUGACAACAGUGAGUGAAAUUGGCAUUGUGAUUGUACAUUUUGUUUAUUUUAAGAAUAAAAUAGGAAUUUUGUAACUUAA